GAAACCGUCUACCGAUUCUGAUUCGAUUUUCCUCGCUGCCCGAAAGCAGAAGCCACUGUGGUUGCCUCGAUAGAAUCCCUCGCAGGUACUGAUCGUUAUUUUGGUAAUGUAUAGCACCAUUUUGAGUUCAAAAUGGCUUUGAAAGAAUCGGUGAGCAUUUAUUCUCGCCUCAUAACCAAAAUCAAAAGUUUCGGAGCUACAUCAAAUCCUGUUCCGCCUUACGAGUUUAUGUGUCAAGUUGGAGACCCCGUGCUUAGAGUUCGUGCCGAACCGGUGGACCCCCAAAAAAUUACUAGUCCUGAAAUCCGAAAGGUCAUUCACACAAUGAGGCAAGUGAUGCGAGGAACGUACUCCGUGGGCAUAUCAGCGCCUCAAAUUGGGUGCCCACUGCAAAUUACGAUGAUGGAGUUUUCAAACUCGAACAUUAGGAUGGCAAAAAAGGAAGAUAUGACGGCGAGGCUCUACCAAGCGUUUCCAUUGAAGGUGUUUAUUAAUCCCACUAUGGAAGUCGUCAACAACCAGCAGCUUGUCUUUCCGGAAGGUUGCGAAAGCAUUCGAGGUUACAGUGCUGAGGUGCCCCGGUACUAUGAAGUGAAAAUUUCAGGAUUGAAUGAACACGGGGAACACCAUGAGUGGCAAGCUCGUGGUUGGCCUGCCCGGAUAAUUCAGCACGAGAUUGACCACUUGGAAGGCUGUCUCUACAUUGACCGCAUGAACAGCCGAUCCUUUCAAUUCAACUACUGGCAGUACAUCAAGAGGCUUCCCAAGUCUCGGAAACUCUUCUGACAUGGAAGCAGAGUGUAGGAAGAAUCACCAUCUUGAAUUUAUAGGAUUUACAUAAUUUCGUAGCAAUGAGUCUUGUAGAAACUACAACAGCCGGUACACUUGAGGCACUGUUGUCAUCACCUGAAGGUCUGGCUGAAACAUUAAGCAUGAGCUGCCAAUAUAGGAAAUGACACACCGAAUAAAAGAACUGUUAUUACCUGGGCUCCGACACCGGUGGCAACUGCUCAGUCCAAACAGAGUGGAUUUGUUUACUCCCUGUUUCACACAAGCGUGAUACAGCUAGACUAAACAUGUGGUAAUCUGUGGGAAAAAAUAUGUUGUCCUACCAUACCACUGGUGUGGUGAACCAUCUAGGGCAGCAACCUGGACAGGAGGGUGUUUAACACAAAGCACCAAUGUCAUAUCCGAGCAAACUCUCUCUAUGUGCUCAUGCAUGGUUUUGUGCUCAUGUUGAGUUACUUGUCCCGUUUGUGUUCCAUUACUUUUAUGCUACACCUUCGGUUGUCAAAAAUAUAGACCGGUGCUGUUUUUGUCUGCAUUAAAAUUUUCUCCCGUGCA